UCAUUUUAAUAUGUACUCACGGAAGUCAUCUUUAUUACUCAUCAUUAUCAUUUGGUGCAAAAUGUAUUUUGUAUUGCAACACAAAGGAUCAUAUACACAUAUGUCAAGGUGUGAGUGAGUCCAUUUGCACUCAACCAACACUAGUGUUUUUUGGAAAGUGGUAGGACAGGAUCGUCUGCAUAUCUAAAUGAUGACACCACGGAAUGCUUUUACUUUACACAUAACUAGGAGGGAACAUGACGAGGGAAGGGCAAUCUAAAAACCAGAUCAUUUCACAAGGAUUUCAAUGUCAUUUUCAGGUGCCUUGUAAAGAUAACAAAGCAACAAAUUGAGAGACUUCCCCCCCCCCCCGGAACAAGCAUGUCAAAACAGGCGGGUAAAGAAUCUGUGUUCCUCACGACCAAAGUGCGGACCAAGCUAAAGGGAGACGGCAGCUGGUUGCAGCGCCGCAGCGAGGCCCAGGAUAAAACCGACGAGGAGAAGCCAUGGUUAGCAGAAGUGAGGGCGGGGCGUUUGAACGGAGAACCUGUGGAGACCAGUCCAGCGCCGUCACCAACAACUUCCACUCCGCCGGCCUUAAAGUCCGACGCCGACAGAAGUGUUGUCACUAAACUAGAGAGUUCUACUUCAUCUUCAACAAGUAACGGCGUGAGUCAAACAGCGGCACAAUUCCCCAAGAAACCCUCAGAAAGCUACAAGAAAAUAGCCCCCUACACUGUGAGGCCCACCGCAGAGAGCCAGGAGGCCCAGCUGAGCAGCGAGGAGCAGGAGAAACGGACGGAGGCUGCCAGCAGUGUUCUGAUGAAAUCUACAGUCAGGCAAAGGUCUUAUGUGCUUUCUGCUGCUAAGAAAUACGAGUCUGAAGAUAAGGUGCCCGAAACCUCUUUAGCCAACAACACUCCAGCAUUUGUAGCUAGAAGGGUGGAGAUAGUUGAUGAUGAGAGCGCUGCGACACCAGCACCUGUCAGCAAACCGCCCCCCUCCCCCGCGGCGCCGGUCCCAUCUGUUGCCUCUGCUCCUGAGCCCCAACCAGCGAGCGUAGCCGACGCCGGCGUUAAGUCAGCCGUCGCUGAGCCGGUGGCCCUAAAGGCGGUGACGCCCGUGAAGGAUGAUCCCCCACCGAGGUCUGUGGCAGUAAAAGACCCCUCUGAGGACAAGGAACCGGGCAGCACCAAGGGGGCCACUCCUCUCCCUGUUCUCAUCCCAGAGUGUUUUCAAGCACCAAAGGCCUCGGCCAUUUCUGGGCGAGUCAGCACUCCUCUGGUUGACCUCACCCCAGCGGCGCCAAUCCCGGCGUCACCUGCUCCAGCGGCCCCCGUCCCGUCCACGCCCGUCCCUCUGACACCUUCCCCAGUGUCCGCAGUGAAGACCGAAGCAAAACCAGAAUUGGUACAGAAACAAGUUCCAAAGCCGAGGGUGGAGAUAGUUGAUGAUGAGAGUGCUGCGACACCAGCACCUGUCAGCAAACCGCCCCCCUCCCCCGCGGCGCCGGUCCCAUCUGUUGCCUCUGCUCCUGAGCCCCAACCAGCGAGCGUAGCCGACGCCGGCGUUAAGUCAGCCGUCGCUGAGCCGGUGGCCCUAAAGGCGGUGACGCCCGUGAAGGAUGACCCCCCACCGGGGUCUGUGGCAGUAAAAGACCCAUCUGAGGACAAGGAACCGGGCAGCACCAAGGGGGCCACUCCUCUCCCUGUUCUCAUCCCAGAGUGUUUUCAAGCACCAAAGGCCUCGGCCAUUUCUGGGCGAGUCAGCACUCCUCUGGUUGACCUCACCCCAGCGGCGCCAAUCCCGGCGUCACCUGCUCCAGCGGCCCCCGUCCCGUCCACGCCCGUCCCUCUGACGCCUUCCCCAGUGUCCGCAGUGAAGACCGAAGCAAAACCAGAAUUGGCACAGAAACAAGUUCCAAAGCCGAGAGCCGACGCCGGCGUUAAGUCAGCCGUCGCUGAGCCGGUGGCCCUAAAGGCGGUGACGCCCGUGAAGGAUGACCCCCCACCGGGGUCUGUGGCAGUAAAAGACCCAUCUGAGGACAAGGAACCGGGCAGCACCAAGGGGGCCACUCCUCUCCCUGUUCUCAUCCCAGAGUGUUUUCAAGCACCAAAGGCCUCGGCCAUUUCUGGGCGAGUCAGCACUCCUCUGGUUGACCUCACCCCAGCGGCGCCAAUCCCGGCGUCACCUGCUCCAGUGGCCCCCGUCCCGUCCACGCCCGUCCCUCUGACACCUUCCCCAGUGUCCGCAGUGAAGACCGAAGCAAAACCAGAAUUGGUACAGAAACAAGUUCCAAAGCCGAGAGCCGACGCCGGCGUUAAGUCAGCCGUCGCUGAGCCGGUGGCCCUAAAGGCGGUGACGCCCGUGAAGGAUGACCCCCCACCGGGGUCUGUGGCAGUAAAAGACCCCUCUGAGGACAAGGAACCGGGCAGCACCAAGGGGGCCACUCCUCUCCCUGUUCUCAUCCCAGAGUGUUUUCAAGCACCAAAGGCCUCGGCCAUUUCUGGGCGAGUCAGCACUCCUCUGGUUGACCUCACCCCAGCGGCGCCAAUCCCGGCGUCACCUGCUCCAGCAGCCCCCGUCCCGUCCACGCCCGUCCCUCUGACGCCUUCCCCAGUGUCCGCAGUGAAGACCGAAGCAAAACCAGAAUUGGUACAGAAACAAGUUCCAAAGCCGAGCUCCAGGGUUGACACGCUCACCAACUUGUCCAACACUCUCAUUACUUUCAACUCAAGUUCAUCCAGCUUUGUGGAUGAUGCGCCAGUGUUGGCAGGGGAAGAAGCAGGUUCAGCAAACAGUCACACCUCAGAGAAUGGCGAUGAAGAGGAGCCGGCUCCAGAGCUCGGCAGCAGGCAACCAAUUACAGAUGAUCUGCUGGCUUUCACCAAUGGUCCCGAGGAGAGCCGAGCAGAGCCCGCCCCCCCCAGUCCAGGACGCUGGAGUCAGGAUCUGCUUAGUGGACUAAACAGUGAGUCAAACCCGAAAAAGACAAGUGGCCCCCUGGAUUUCCUGGCUAACGAUGUCAUUCCAAUCAACACGGAGGCACGCAGCCUCAGCACGCAGCAGGUGGAGAAACAGGCGGAUGAAACAGCCAGAGGAACACAAAGCCUCACGGAGACAGUCACUAUAACCACCAAAACUGUGAUCAUUACUGACAAAAGCUCGGCUGAUCCCUUUGAUCCAUAUCCGAUAGGGACCACAUCCUCUAACAGCUCUUCUGACCUGCUGCAGCCUGACUCUGAUAUUUCCAGCAACAGCACUCAGCGCUCAUGGGCGCGCUCAUGGCAAACCGGCCCACCUCGGGAGGCCGACACGGAAGAGAGCCAAGAAGCUUUACCAGCAGCCCGGACGGAAGAUCAAGAGCUGCUGGUCAGGUUUGAGAGAAAGUCAGCUGAGAAUGACUCCCCGUGGGACAAGUGGACGUCCCCCACCGUCUAUACUCUCCCAGUCACUACAGGAGAAGAGGAGGAGGAGGAGGAUGAGGAGGAAGAAGAAGAAGAAGAAGAAAGCACGGAGUAUACUCAGACUCAGACGGUCACCACCAUCACCACGUUCAGGGAGAGAAGUGAAGAACAGUCUGUUACGGAUCGGUAUGAAAGCUAUUCCAGGAGCGUGACAGAAGAAGACCGGCGGGUCCUAACACCAGAACCCGAGGCCAGGAGGGGCUUCGUGUUCCUGAAGGAGUACGUCAAUGCAACAGAGCUGUCCUCGUACAACGCCAGAGACACACCCGACUGUGGGUCCGAUUAUGUGACAUCCAGCUCCACCAGUUACUCUUACAACAGCCCCUCCACUUACUCGAGCGGCCUCCCGUCAUCCAGCUGCAACUUCUGCGCCGAGCCAGUGGGUGACGAAGCCAAGAUCACCAUCGAGCACCUCAACAUCAACUGCCACCCCCACUGCUUCAAGUGUGGUGUGUGUAAAAAGCCGAUGGGAGACCUUCUCGACAGCAUGUUCCUACACGGCGGGAAAGUCCACUGCGAGAUGUGCUACAGCGAAGCUUUGGACUGAUUAUCAAAUCCCUUCUGCAGCCUCUUCUCCUUCGCUUCCCUUCUUGUUCAUUUGCAUUUAAAGUGGAGAACUCACAUCUUUCUCGUAGUUUGGAUCGUGUCUGGUUUGAACUCAGGAGUUGUGUGGUAAAGGGUUGUUGUAGUGAAUAGGAUGGUGAUUUCAUAGUUGGAGCUCAAACAUGUUGUACUAACUUGUAUUGAUGUUGUUUUUUUUCUUCUUGGUGGUGACAGCUAUAUCUCUAUGUAAACUUUGAAGGAUAUGUAUUAUGAACA